AUGUCUGAACACGGUGAUCAUCCACUACCAGAGGGAAAACAAGAUCGCGAAGACGUUUGCCGCGAUUUUCUCAAAAAUAUAUGCAACCGCGGCUCGCGCUGUAAAUUCUUUCACCCGCCAGAUCACAAGCCAUCCGCUGCAGCUCCAACAAAUGACAAUGAAUACAAUUUUUGUAUCGAUUAUCAGGUGCGCUAGGUUACUUUAUUUUUUCUUUAAAAAUUUCGAGUGCUGCUCGCUUUGCGAUCAAAAUUUUAUGUUCUGAUAUUUCUUUCAAAAUCGCACCUCGAUACGUACAUUUGGCAAAAAUCUUCAUUUAAUGCGUUGUUUUAGAAUCGAGGGUGCCGGCGCGACAAUUGCCGAUUUGUUCAUGCCCCGCGCGAUGAAGUGGAACGUUACAAGCAAACGCGCGAACUGACGCUAGUGCUCGCGCGAUCAAUCGCAGCAGCAGGCGGUCACGGCGAUUCAAUCGGUGGUAUUCCGAUAUGCAAAGAAUUCCAAACUGGAAGAUGUGCUCGCGGCGCGCAAAGAUGUCGCUAUUGGCAUGUAAAUGUUGAAUUGGAAAGACAACGAAGAUCUCGCGGACUUCCACCAACUAAUGAAUUCGCUGGCGGUCCUCCUGAUGAUUUUAUAAAUGGAAAUGGAUUUAUGGGUGGAAAUGGGGGACCUCCGCCGCCACCAAUGAUGGGAGGAGGAGGAGGUGGAAGAAGAAGAGGUUAUGAUGAUGGUGGAUAUGAUGAAAUGGAUAUGAAAAGACCAAGAAUGAUGCCAAAUGAUCAUAUGAUUGAUUUGGAAAAGAAAAAUGCUGAAUUGCAAAAAGAAGUCGAUUCUUUAAGACGUGAAUUGAAAAGAGAACACGAACGAUAUGAGGAUUUAUAUGCUUUGUUCAGACAACAAAGUGGUGGAGCACCUGCGCCACCAAAAGCAGCUGGAUCAGCACCAACAGCACCGCCAUCUGAUUAUUAUUCAACUUCUCAACCAGUUUGGGGCGCAUUGGGUGGCGGCACAAGUUGGUAA